UAUAAUAUUGUGAUAAACAAAGCACAAUUUUCUAGUCCUUGAACGUCGCGCGCAGGUCGCAAGGCAUCGUAGCGGUAGCGCGUGAUCCAUGGCCACUCUCCUUCUACCCCUCAACUCCUAUUCUCCCACACCAAUUCGAAACCCUAAUCUAUCUUCUCUUAAAAUCAAAGUCAACCAGCGUCACUCUCCUUUCCAAACCCGACGACUUCAUCGCACCCCAUUCGUUCGUGCACUGGAGGAAGAUUCGAACCCUGAAACAGUCCAAGAUGGCGAAGUGAACAGUUUAGGAGUCAAGGUUGCGCUGUCCAUGUUGAGAUUCUACCAGAGGGAAAUUUCACCAAUUUUGCCAAAGAGCUGUCGAUACAUUCCAACCUGCAGUGAGUAUUCCAUGGAGGCAUAUAAGCGAUAUGGAGCGGUGAAGGGUACAGUUUUAACUGCGUGGCGUAUAUGUCGUUGCAAUCCCCUUGGUGGGCAUGGUUACGAUCCACCUAGAUGGUUUGGGGAGGUUAGUCCAUUAGAAGAUGCCCGCGACUGAUUAAUUUCAGGGCCUGAUAUUAAGGAGGUCAUCACUACGGAUUGAACAUUUUGAAGUUCUGUGCUGUGCUAAUGCUGUCUGGGGAUUUUGCAUUUGUUUUUUCUGUGUGACUCUGUACUAAUGCAAAAGUUCUGUUCUAACCGCGUUGUAGAAGUUGUAUUAAGAAAAAUGGUAUGUCAUCGGUAUAGUGGUUAUGAUAAUCAAAAUGAACUUUUUCUUUGUACAGCCAAAGAAAAAACAGUGCUGAAACAAAGAGAGAUCUGCACAAUGAAUAUCCAGUCCAACAUGGGGAUAGUCAUCUGCAUAAGGAAUAUAUGUCCUAGAUGUGUUAUGUUGCCAAUCUUAAUGAGACACAUAAUUGGUUUAACUUUUGUGUUUUAUAUUUGAGAAAUGUGUUAGACCCAAUUAAAAAUGUAUACAUUAGUAGAAGGAUAAGGAAGAAGUCCAAAUUAGAUGGGCCCAGUCCUGUUAGUGUAUCAGAAUUGUUAUAAUAAGUGCUAUGAAAAGGGGUAUAAGAGGGAAUUAACAAGUUUUUAAGGGAGUUGUAACAGAUUUGGGGAGAGACCAGGCUCUCGAAGUCCUGGGCAGUUGUAUACUCAUUUCCUUGUUUGGGCACCUUUGAUCUUGAGGAAUAAUAUAUACAUUCUUUCUUAUUUGUUUCUGCAA